AUGCCCCAUUGACACCGUUCAUCGGCAGCGAAUUUUGUCUCUGUUUUUGGUGAUCAACUUUGUCUUUUGUAAUUAUGAUCGACCGUUGUUCAGUUGACAUAUUGUAAUUAAAUUAUAUACUCAAAGACCAGAACUUUGCAGUCUCGUGCAAGCUAAAGACUUCCGAUAAUAAUGGCGAUGCCAUCAAAUGAAAGAAACAAUGAACACAAUCUAAUUGAUGAACUCGAGACGGCUUUUCAAAAUUGUCUGUCCUUGUUAACUUCCCAAGAGUAUUUCAAUGUAACAGACUCUGAAGAGACUAAAGCAGGUAUUGAACAUGCACUUCAAAGAUUCUUAGAAGUUGGGCGGCAAAUGGAAGCAUUUUUUCUUCGGAAGAGAAUGAUUCUUUCAAUACAAAAACCUGAGCAAGUUAUAAAAGAGGAAUUCACAGACUUGGAACAAGAAUUGCUCCGCAAAGAAUCUUUGCUGCAGAAACAUCAACACCGUCUCCAACAGUGGCAGAGUCUAUUGUGUAAUCUACAGUCUGCUCAACAACAAACAAGUCUACCUCAGCCUACUUCUAAGCUUUCUCAACAACCGCAAUCAGCAAGUAACUCAAUGCCAUUGCAUACAAUGCAGUCAAAUAUGGCCAAUUAUUCCCAACAUCCACCACCCUCGAAUCCAACUGGAAUGCAACCUACUUCUCAGUCCCUUGUCAUGCCUCCUCCUCAACAACCAGGUUAUCAACAAACUCCACUUGCUUUUCUCGAACAGACAAUGUCUAACAUUGGAAUGCCAUAGUAAUUAAAAUGAUCUCCAGUAUUUUUUCUUUUUAAUCAAUAAAUUGAAUAUAGAUAAAUA